AUGUCAGACAACGCCAACACCUUCUUAUCAGCAUCCAGACAAUUACAGGAUUUGGUCCAGUCUACCACAGUUAGAGAAGAACUCAACGACAGAGGAAUUGAGUGGAAGAUGAUACCAAAACGCGCACCUUGGUUCGGUGGAAUGUGGAAACGUCUUAUAGGUCUGACGAAAACAACGAUAAAGAAAGUGUUGGGACGGUUCUAUGUCACCUACCAAACGUUACAAAUUGUGAUUACGGAAAUUGAGGCGAUGAUUAACGAUAUGCCGUUGACGUAUGUCACUUCCGGCGCAUUAGAUGAACCGGAAAUACUUACACCGUCACACUUACUUUACGGCAGACGAAUCAUUAAACUACCGUAUGAAGAAGAUGUCCCUACAAACCCUGUACCGAGUGACCGCCCGUCAGUUAUCAAACGGAAUACGCUACAAAGGACAAUGAUCAGCCACUUCCGGCAUAGAUGGCGUCACGAAUACUUAACGGCUUUAAGAGAACGUCAUCAGACGACAGGCAGAAAUGACCAGACGAUAUCUGUUGGUGUUUAUAUGUAUAUGCAUAUGAACAUGUGUGUUUACGUUUAUGGGUAA